CACGACAUGAGGAUGUUAGGAGACUCUCGAUACGGUCCAAGAUAGCUUUUCGUAGUUAUUUUGGUUCAAGACGUUCUUCCUCACGCAAUUUGGUUGGAGGUGUCGUUUCAUCGCGUGUCCUGACUUCGGAUCGUAUUGGUUCAACAUUGUGUCAUCAUUAAGGGCGAUCCAAAGCGUCGUGGAGGCAUAUGUCUCCAGCGUCGCGCCAAUCAUGUCGACCUUUGGCUUCUUGACCCUGGUGCCGUGGAGCUCGCAGGACAAGGCAGCCAACGUGCUGGCAACUGGGGAAGGUUGUGGAGAGGUGAGUUCGGAAAGCAUCACUCGUAUCGUGGAGCAGCUCGAGGUCGUGUUCGUCGUGUCCGUAUACAGGGCGACGAGGGAGAACAGGGGCGCGUUAUAUCUCUUGGACUAUCUGGGGACGUCGCACCCCGACGCGCUCGUUUUCUUGCUGCAGCUGCCAGACAUGUUGGAUCCCGAGCUGGCCAAGGACUACAGCAGUACGCUGAUGGCGCGACAGGACGAGAUCUACAGCUUUGGGGCGCAGGGCGUGCUGAUGGAACUGGAAAUUGACCUGGAGGGGCUGCGACAAAGGUUAAGUUUGGAGCUCAUGGGGAACGACGCCAUCGAGCAGCGCGUGCGGGCAUACAAGGGGCACGCGUGACAAGGAUCAUACAAUCGCGGAUGCGAGACAGACGGCACAUGGCAAUGGCGCCAAGGCGCGGAGGCCCUGGA